UGUUCACCCCCACUCCAAAAUUCCUGCAAACCACAGAUCCAACGACACAACUUCCACUCAGCUUACAAAGCUAGCAGCUGUUGUUUCAGUCGCAACUUGGACGACCGUCAUCAGCAUGGCACCAAAGAGCCUACUCGUUGCGUCCGUGCUCGCGUUACUCGUCCUCUCAUGUGCGGCUCACCGCGGAGGUCCCUUCGGAGGCGGAGGGUUCGGGCGUGACGUGUGGCGCGGUCUCCUGAAUGGCACCCUCGGCACGCCAGUUGGCUCGCUCAAGGCCUUCAUGAACGGCUCUCAGGUGCUCGACGCCAGCGGCGCCGCCGUCGGCGACGCGAACGCGACGGGGAUAAUCGGGCUCGUGGUGCUUAAAACGGACACGGACUACAACAUCCUCUACCAGGCCGGCGUACGCGUUACAGACGCGGGCCUCCCCACCUCCAUCGCCAUCAACAGCGACGCGGCCGGCGCCGGCGGCUCCCCCGUCAUAGAGUUCUCCGCUACCGAAGCCGCGUGGCAGAAUUACACGUGGAACGGGACCCGAUUUGGACGGUUCGGGCAGGGAAACCAGGGCGCGGCGCUGAAGGCUGUGGUGAAGGUUCUCUCGCAGUGGUUCCCCAAUCUGAACUCCACCGGUGCUGGGUCGUUUUUCGGCGGGCGCGGGGGCCCCAGAAGCCCGCCUUCCGGAUUCGCUUAUGGCUUCUCCGGUGUUUGGUACAACGCGAGCACGAUCACGAACAGCGGGGGGAGGAGCUACGCGGAUGUCGUCGCGGUCGACAUGCUUGCAGCGCCGGAGAGCUUCUAUGGCGUCGUGAAAACCGACGCGUUUGCUGAUGGGGUUGUCCGGGGGGCGUUCGCGAACCACACCAUGCACGGGGGGCGUGGAGGGCGCGGGGGACGCGGGGGGGCCAGGUUUGGCGGCUGGCUCGGCGGGCGCCGCAACUAAAUACGUGGGAAGCGGUACAGUGCGGUGUGGUGCAGCGUGGUAUGGCGUGGUGCGGUGACGCCACACCUUACAACAGAGAACGGGAGGGGUGGGUGGUGAUUCCAGAGGCAGCACGCAUGGCAUGGAGGUCAAGUCUGGCGCUUGCUGCUCCUCAAAGCUCGGCACUUAACUUCGGCACAUACCAAUAUGGUGGCAUUCUGCAUUCUGCAGCUCCAGAUUUGGACUCCAUGGCGUUGCAUAUCUGCCUCUGGUAUCCGUCACCUUUUCUUACUAUCGCUUUCAGUCAUCCUUUUACACUUUUGCUGUGCCUUACCCUGUAAUCACUUCUUGUGAAUGCAUGUAGUGGAUUAUUUCCGGAAAAAAU